CAACGGAAGUUGACAUCGGCCAUAUUGAAUUUACUCUUGCUGAAGGGAAAAACGAUGGCAGAAUCAACAGAACGUCAACUCGAAGUCCAAACGGACACCAAUCAUUUCACUCUCAAGGGAAGAUCAUGUGAAAUGUCCGCGUAUUCAUUUAUACCUACUAAAAGAGAGGACCCUCCUGAAAGAACUUGUUUCAACACCCCUAAAGAUGUAGCCUUUGCUGUGGCAGAGGAGAGAUACCCAUAUUCAACAUAUCAGAGACUGUUUAGAAAGCAAGAUGGAUUCAACAAUAAAUUGCAUCGAGAUGACAGAGAACAUGCCAAAUCUCGGGGGCUCAAGGUCAACGAUGAGGAGAAGACAAAAGAAGUACCCACCCUAGCUUCCUCUGACUACGGGCAUCGACUGAGCAUGUGUGCAGACCAUCCCGACAGGAAGCAUGUCCGGAUCGCCCACGUUAAAUCAGAGUUCUACAGGAGGAAUGGGAUCACGUCCUGAACACUCCUGUUCUGAUCGGUGCUUCCAGCUUCAUCUCAGACAUCAUUGGUUGUGCAAUUCAUUCCUAGAAGACAUAGUUUACUUAUUCAAGGUCGGCGAAGAUAUGACUACUUUAUCUACAAUUCUAAAAGACAAGGUUAAUUAAUUAUCUAAAGUUAAUCCUGGCUAUCAUACCUAUAAUAAGAACCGGAUGAUAUAUCUAAGGUUAUAGAAAGUGGGUUUAUCUCAGGCCAAAGAAGGGGUAUAGCUUACUUAAAUUUGGUGGUAGAAGCUAGGCUGACAUUUCUACAGUGACAGGUAUAUGACUAGUUUAUCUAAGGUGAUACUGUGAUAGGUGAGGCUUACUUAGGUAAGAUCGUAGAAGGUGUAACUAUAUGAAGUGUUCAUGUCAAAUAUCUACUCAUAUAAAGUAGGUGGUACUGAUGUUACUUCAUCAUUUACAUGGACAUCAAGUCUGAUAAUUGUUGUAGAGCAGAUUAACAUGGUAUAUACACCUAACUGCUCAGGCCUAAUAUAACAAUGUUUACCAGUGUUAUAGAAUUACAAUAUACACCUAACCACUCAGGCCAAAUAUAACAAUGUUUACCAGUGUUAUAGAAUCACAAUUUACAGCAGUAUUCUUGAAAAUUAGUGCCCACAUUAAUUCGGAAAUUUAAUUUUUUUAAACUUGUUAAAUUAUUUUAUUUUGACAAUAUUGCAUAUAUACUGUAGUGUAUUUUUUAGUGGAAAUUUUGUAUAUAGCAGAACUUGUUAAUUAUGUGUGGUUGACUUCAUACAUUGGAUGUCUCUGUCUCUACAGACUGUGGCACAAGUAAGGAUUGUACCGCGGGAUCUUUUUUGUAUAGUUAGCAUUAUGAAUCCUGACAAUAUAUUGUGUGAUUUAAUAAUAUGGAUGUGAUAUUCCUGUACAUCAGCUUUAAAUCCUGGGCGACUAUUUCUUAUAAAAAAUAUCUGACUUUGUGAUGAUUAGUUGUUGAAGACAUCAGCUUUAAACACUGAGAAACUACAAACAAUCUAUCUCCUGUUAAAACGUUUGACAUUAGUAUGCGAGUUAAAUUUUACUUCUGAUAUCAAACAGACUUAAUUACAUGCAAUAAGAGAGAAAUGAUAACAUAUCACCUGAUGUUACAAAGUGGAACCCAUUGUAUAUUUUUUACCAACCAAUUACUGUGAUAAUAAAAGACAAUAUUGUUUAUCCAUAA